UAAUAAUUUUCUUAAAUAGGUAUUUUCUCACGAAUCGGUCCUCUAGGGUUUCGACGAAACGCGAGAUUUGGUAUUGCAUUGGAAAAAUUGAGACAAGGGGCGUAUUGGAGAAUACGAUUUUUUAAAAUCUUCUCCUUUUUAGGAAUAAUUAUACAUAUAUGUUUGUGAGUUUCGAGAAGUUCUUUUGAUUAUAUUUUUUUUUUUCUGGGGUUUAAUUGAUAAGGUAUUUAUCCCGUUCAAGACUGGGAGAGAGAGGUGCGCCAUAAGGAGGAUAAUGUGUAUACUGUGUGUGAUUCAGAAGUGGUCAAGAAGGAUUGCUACCAUGUUGCCAUGGUUAGUGAUUCCAUUGAUUGGGCUUUGGGCUCUAUCGCAGCUAUUGCCCCCUGCUUUCCGAUUUGAAAUCACAUCUCCAAGGCUGGCGUGCGUGUUCGUGCUGUUAGUAACCCUUUUUUGGUAUGAGAUUUUGAUGCCUAGGUUGUCGGCCUGGCGGGUCAGGAGGAAUGCUAGGCUUAGGGAGAGGAAGAGAUUUGAGGCUAUUGAAAUUCAAAAGUUGAGGAAGACUGCUACCCGGAGGUGUAGGAAUUGCUUAACUCCAUAUCGGGAUCAAAAUCCCCGUGGGGGCAAGUUUACGUGCUCAUAUUGUGGGCAUAUUUCCAAGAGGCCAGUUCUCGACUUGCCCGAGUCUCUGGAUUUGGGGAGUUCAGGUAUUUUGAAGUAUUUAGUUGGUAAAGGUGGGACGACGUUCAAUGGAAAGGUUUGGUCAGAUAAUGGGUGGAUAUGUGGGCAGGACUGGUUGGAGAAUGGAAAUUGGGUCGGGGGACCUUUUGCUGGGAAGUCAAGUUAUUGGAAGAAGAGUGGAGGUGGGUAUGUUGGAGGGGAAAAUCAUUGUUUGGCGGAGAAGUCUUAUUCCCACGUAGGUAUUUUUACUUUCAAGGUAUUUAGAGCUUUCUUUUUUAGUAUUGCUGGGUUUUGGAGGAAGAUUUUUAGGGUUAGUUCGUCCAGAGAUGAAACUUCAACUGAUGCAGAGUUAACGCGGCUAUUGGAUAAGCAAGGUGAGAAUGGAGGGAAUUUUCAUGAGAGUAGAGGAGAGAAAGCUCGCAGAAAAGCUGAGGAGAAGAGGCAGGCUAGAUUAGAGAAGGAGCUGCUGGAGGAGGAGGAAAGAAAGCAGAGAGAAGAGGUUGCAAGGUUGGUUGAAGAACGUAGGAGAUUACGGGAUGAGAGGACAGGGGACAAAAAAGAAAGUGGAAAAGAGCUCUCUCCUGAUAAGGAUAGAAAUAGGAAAAAAGAAGCUGAAAAGAAGAAUCAGGAUAGAAAGAAAGAAAGAGAUAGGGGAUCAAGCAAAAGCAACUCUGAUGGCGAGGAAUCGGAAAAGAGAUUUGGCAAGGAAAGCAUGCGAAACAAGAAAAUAGACAGUAACAAAUGUGAACAACACAGAAAUGUAACUGAAAAUGUGAAAUCUUAUAGUGCAGAAGUGAGUCAUGGAUUUAAGGGUGCUAUGAUGAACAGUCAUAACCGAGGAACUGCUGGAACAAGAUACAUAGAUCGUAUGAAGGGCACCUUUAUAUCUUCUUCUAGAGCGUUUACUGGAGGUGGUUUUUUAGGAAAAAGUGCUAAUAUGUCUACUGUUUCAAGCGACCACAGACCUAAUGCAUCUGUAGAUUAUGUUCAAGGUUCUGCAUAUAAGAGAAAUGCAUUGCAGCCUGAAUGGGUAUCGGGGAGAUCAAAUGUAAAUGGAGAUGAUAAAAAUGUCUAUCGUCCUGUCGUCACUGAACCUCAACCAUGUCCAGCCCCGAAAAAAUCAUGGCAACAAUUAUUCACCCCUUCUGCUGUUUCUGUUCCCUCUAAACCUAAUGUUAUUGGUAGGCCAAACGUGAAGUCCCAACCAGAAGUUCGGAGCCCACCACAACUACUUGAUUCACCGAUUAACUUUGGACAGCUGCCACCAUCUACUUUACCCUCUCCUCCGACCGGAUUAACAAAAAGCAGUAGAUCUCUUCCAAUGUCAUCUGAAGCUAUAUUUCCUAGGAUUGGAGAAGUGCCAGAUCAACUUUUACCAGAGGAGUCAGAGAUUUUUGAAGAUCCUUGUUAUGUUCCAGACCCUAUCUCUUUGCUUGGGCCAGUCUCUGAAUCACUUGAUAACUUUGAUUUGGACCUCGGUUUUGUAGCAGAUACGGUAUUGGAAGAACCAUGUGCUUUGAAGACUACACCUGCACCAUCCGAACUCACUAAGCCAUCACCAAUUCAGUCCCCCUUGUCACGAUCACGAGCUUCAGAGGAAAGGCAUGGUAUAUCUUUCUUUUCCCCUAGUGCUCCUAAAGCCCAGGAUAAAUCCAAUGAUGCAAAUGACAGUGGAACAUGGCAGAUGUGGAAUAGUUCUCCUCUAGGUCAGGCUGGUCUAGGUUUGGCAGGUGGAUCUGUCAGCUGGCUUUUGCCCCCAGAACUGAGCAGACCAAAGGAAGAUAUUAUGCAUCUGGUACCUCAGAAAACAAUGGCCUCGCUGUUUAAGAAUGAUGAGCAAAUCCAUGCUGGCACUCAAUCUUCUCAAAAUGUUUUUCUUGGCAAUUUUGAGAAUGCUGGGACAUUUGAUAGUUCUGUGCCUAGCAUUGUUGAUGGUCCAUGGUUGCCAGAAACUUUAUAUUGCCCUACUUCAGGUCGUGAGAACCAAAUUUUGUUGAAUCCUAGGGAGAAAGCUGAUCAGAAUGGUAUGAUUUAUGGGAGUACCGGAGAUUGUUCUGCUAACCAACAAUUUGACUUAUCUACAGCUAAUUCUUGGACCAAAAAGGACUGGACGGGAGAGGGCUCCAGAGACAGCACUGGAAACUCUUCAACAUUGAGGCCCCAUAUUGAUGGCCUUUACUCCACCUCGGAUGUACAUCGUCUCUGGCCAUAUCAUUAAAGAUGAGGGAAUGACAUAGCCUAGCGGGACUUGAAUGGAAUGGCCUCUUUUAGAGAGAAUUUAGAAGAAUACUGGAUGUGUCAUGUCUUCCUUCUUUUCUAUACAAGGGUGAUUACUAAUAACAUUUAUAGUGGUGGAAUGCCUGCGCUCACUAUAUUAAUUUUGUGAUUUAUGGCCAUUUUUACCCCUAACUGAUGUCUAAACCACGUUUGGUACAUAUUUAUAGAUCUAUAUCUAUAUCUAUAUCUAUAUCUAUAGUUAUAUAUAAAAGUCUCAACGU